AAAAAAAAUUGACCGUGACCGUGCAAGAGUCAAGACGCGCGUGUCCGGAGGUGUACGCGUGCGCAGUGCCACCCAAGCCGCUAACUAAGGGGCCAACAUGGAGAGAAAAGUUCUGGCACUUCAGGCAAGGAAGAAAAGGGUCAAAGCCAAGAAGUCGACCAAGAAGCCAGCACAUCCUCCACGUGGGGCAUCACAACAGCAGCAACCUCCUACAGAGACCCAGAUACAGGAGCCUGAUGAGGAAAUCCUGGGCUCUGACGAUGAAGAGCAAGAAGAUCCUAAUGACUACUGCAAAGGAGGAUAUCACCAUGUGAAAAUAGGGGACCUAUUAAAUGGCAAAUACCACGUGAUCCGGAAGCUGGGAUGGGGGCAUUUCUCUACUGUGUGGCUGGCCUGGGACAUCCAAGGGAAGCGGUUUGUUGCCAUGAAGGUUGUAAAGAGUGCAGAGCAUUACACUGAAACAGCUCUGGAUGAAAUAAAGCUACUCAGAUCUGUCAGAAAUACAGACCCUGAUGAUCCAAACAGAGAGAUGGUUGUGCAGCUACUGGAUGACUUCAAGGUCUCAGGGGUCAAUGGGACUCAUGUCUGCAUGGUGUUUGAGGUUCUAGGGCACCACUUGCUUAAAUGGAUUAUCAAGUCCAACUAUCAAGGCUUACCUCUGCCCUGUGUCAAGAGCAUCAUUCGACAGGUUAUUCAAGGUCUGGAUUACCUGCACACCAAGUGUCAAAUCAUCCACACAGACAUUAAGCCAGAGAACAUUCUCAUGAGCGUGGAUGAGCUGUAUAUCAGGCGGUUGGCUGCAGAAGCCACUGAGUGGCAGAAAGCAGGCGCUCCCCCUCCUUCUGGGUCAGCAGUGAGCACUGCCCCAGCACCUAAACAGGCUCCAAAAAUGUCAAAAAACAAGAAAAAGAAGCUAAAGAAGAAGCAGAAGCGUCAAGCGGAGCUCUUAGAGAAGUGCAUUAUGGACUUGGAGGAGAUGGAGAUUGGGCCUGAAGGCAGAGAGGAAGAGGAGGAUGACCCAGAAUCCCCCAAAUCCCCCUCCUGUGUCCCACUAAGACAGGCAUCACUGCAGGACAUUGCUAAUGAGGACACAAUAAUGGAGACUAGAGAGAGAUUAACCUCAGAUGCUUCACUUGAGCUCAACUGUAAUGGCUGUAUGCACUCCAGUCAAACACAGCCUGAGGAGGACGAUCAAGGAGACCAGCGACAUGGCCAACUGCUACAAGAGGACCACCAUAAUGCAAACACAGGCCCAGAGGACACAGCUCAAAGCAUGUACAAGUACUGUAAUGGGGCAGAGUCCCCUGAACUGGACCAGGCCGGCUACAGUAAUGGCACCUCAGGCCGAGAGCAGCCGGAGGAGGGAGUGCUGCCACCUGGAGAGCAAGAUCAGCAGAAGACUAGAACCAGAGCCAGGGAACAGAACAAGGAUAAGCUAAAGAAUGAUAAGUUGUCGUCUGGAAGCCUAUUGAUCAAUCCACUGGACCCACUUAAUGCAGACAAGAUCAAGGUCAAGAUUGCUGACCUUGGCAACGCCUGCUGGGUGCACAAGCACUUUACUGAAGACAUUCAGACCCGACAGUACCGCUCUCUGGAAGUGCUGCUGGGAUCAGGGUACAGCACACCCGCUGACAUAUGGAGCACAGCCUGCAUGGCAUUUGAAUUGGCCACUGGUGAUUAUUUGUUUGAGCCCCACUCUGGUGAAGAUUACUCCAGAGAUGAAGACCACAUUGCUUUGGUCAUUGAACUGCUGGGAGCCGUCCCACGCAAACUCAUAUUGACCGGAAAAUAUUCCAAGGAGUUUUUCUCCAAGAAAGGUGACCUGAAGCACAUCACUAAACUGAAGCCGUGGGGUUUACUGGAAGUACUGAUGGAUAAAUACGAGUGGCCUCGGGAGGAGGCCGAGAUCUUCACUGAUUUCCUGCUUCCAAUGCUGGAACUCCUGCCAGAGAAAAGAGCCACUGCUGCUGACUGUCUGCGACACCCUUGGCUUGCCGUUUAGUGUCCUCUUGCUGUCACUGCACAUACUUCAGGCCCUGAACUCAAGAGACUGCAACAGAUCACUUUCCAGUUUAUAGAGCAUAUCGGCAUAGUUAUUUUUCUUCUGUUAACUUGAGUGAUUUCAUUUGCUUGGCUCAUCAGAGGAAUAGUAAACCUGCCUGGUUUUGUUUUAGCUGUUUUUUUUUUUUUCUUCCCAGAGUUGAGAGGUUUUUUUGUGAGGGUUACUCCUGCCUUAAUCCCAUUGCCAUCCCUCUUAUUUUGGCAAAGGAUGAAAUCUAGAGCUAGAUUUAGAAAUCUAGACCUGUUUAGGUAUCUGGGGUAUUUUCUGAAGACAUACAAAAUUGCAAUGGCUGAUAAGUUUUUUUUUUUUUUUUUUUUUUUUUUGCAGUACUAAUAUGAGAUACAGUCCAGUCUUCCUGAGUACCGACCACUCAGGCUCCAGUGCAAUGCAAAAGAGAUAAUUUUGUUACUUGUAGUUUUCUGAGUGGGAAAGUAAUGGUGGUUUAUGAAAAGUGAAUUUUUUGGUUUACCUUUAUGAGUGUAGAGUAUAAAUUAAGAUUGUUUCUGUUCUGUGUCAAGAUUUGCCACACCUCUCUCAACUGUGUUUAUUAAUUCAGUAGGUUUUGAUCUAGUCUGCCGCAGAUUAGAUUUUAAAGAGCUGACGUCUUCUCACUCAUGGUCAGUACAUUUUGUGUACAUGAUGUUUCCACAUAAAGUGAGUAUCUGUCAAGGACCACCAUAAGAAAAAAAAAAAAAAAAAUUUAUUGUCCGAGUGUGUGUUGUAUGUAUGGUUUAUGUGUGGGCGCAUGUGCAUGCGUGUGUGUCUGUAUAUAUGUGUACCAAAGAGUUUGCCUUGAUCUGUAUAUUACAGCCAUGUACAGUUUUUAAAAGAAAUCCUAAUAUUGCAUCUAAGCUAAGAUUAUUUAGCCAGAUAGAAGUGUUUUAAUAAAGCAUUUGGAAGAUGGGUGCA